AAACAUCGGUGCUGUUCUGUCGGCUGAUAAUAUUUUGUAAAGCAAUUUGUAUUGUUAUGAAAAUGUGCUGUGAUAUAACUAAUAGUAAUCAAUCAAGUUAGUCAAAAUGGGAAGUUUAAACAUAGCAGAGUGGUCACCGGACCAGGUGAUGGAUUGGCUGUCUGGGCUGGGGCCCACUGUGGCGGGCUACGUGCCGGCGCUCCGCCAGCGCGGUCUGGACGGCGCCAAGCUGCUCACCCUCCGAUGUGAUGAUCUUGAAUAUCUCGGAAUUCACAUUAUCGGGCACCAGGAGCUGCUGCUCGAAGCAGUCGAACACUUGCGGAACUUUCAGUACGAGGUGUCGCGCGAGUGCGUGCAGCAGCUGGCGCUGCGCGUGUCGGGCGCGGCGACCUCGCUGGCGCGCGCGCUGCGCCACGCCGCCGACGCGCGCCUCGAGACGCACUCGCUGGCGGACGUGGCGCGCACCGUGCACGCAGUCAAGCCGCUCGUCUGCUGGCUCGACAGGUGGGCGGGCACAGGCGUGGCGCUGGGCGAGCGCAAGGCGGCGCUGCUCAAGCUCGCGCUGGAGGCGGCCACGUGCGCGCAACGAGACCGCUUCGCCGAGCAGCCCGCGCGCGCUGUCGCCGCAGCCGCCGCCGCCGCCGCGCAGCUCGCCGACUACAUCAUACAGGACGUGUCGGACCCGAUGAUCCUGCAGCCGGCCUCGCUGGACACGGUGACGCUGCGGCAGGGCGCGCGCGCGCUCGGCUUCGAGGUGCUGCCCUCCUUCUGCGGCCAUCACCAGCUCGCCCACAUCCGCUUCGGCUCGCCCGCGCACGCCUCGGGCGCCGUGCACGACGGGGACGAGAUCGUGCAGGUGGGCGGGCAGUGCGUCAUCGGCUGGAGCGGCGAGGCGGUGGAGCGGCUGUGUGCGCGCACUGCGGCCGCGGCGCCCGGCGGCGACCUGCCGCUGCGUCUGCGCAGGCGCGGCGCCGCGAGACCCGCCCGCACCCCGCCCCUGCACGCCCCCCGCCGCGCCCGGCGCCGCCCCCCGCCCCCCGCCGACCUCCUCCUGCACAGAUACGAGUUGAAGGUCCCCGAGUUGACCGGAGGCGAGGAGCGCGGGAGGGGCUCGGAGGGCGCGGCGCCGGGCGGGCAGUCGGGCGCGGCGGGCGGGCGCCCGGUGGAGACUGGGGGCGAGCAGGCGGGCGCGGAGCAGGCGCCCGCCUCGUCCUCGGACGAGAGCGAGCCGCUGUCGCCGCCCGCCUCGCCCACGCACCUGCACCUGGACGGCGCCAGGAUGUACGGGGAGCGGCCGCGGGGCGCGGCGCGGCGCCGGCACAGCGUGAGCGGCGGCAGCCCGCCCGCGCGCCGGCACCACCUCGCACUGCACCGGUUCUGGCAGGAGCUGCAGCAGCGGCGCUGGGAGCGCGGCCACAGCCCGCCGCCGGAGGACGCCCUCUACCGCCGCGACAAGGCGGUGUCGUACAGCACCGGGCUGGAGCUGUCGCCGCGCCCGCGCACCUGCCUGGGCGUGCCGCCGCGCGCGCCCCCCGCGCCCACCGCGCCCACCGCACCCCCCGCGCCCCCUACGCCCUCCUCGCCCUCCGCACCCCGCGGCAAGCUCGACAAGAGCCACUCCACGCCCGCCUACGACUUCGACGGCUCCCCGCCGGAGCCCCCUCUCGCCGCGCAGACCAUCCCCGAGUCGCCCACCACUCCCACCGACGGGCCCCCCCUGCCGCCCUCGGAGAAAGCCGGACAGAUCCUAGACUUCAAGAAGUCCAGCUGCCAGAUCGGCGAGGCCAUCCUGCAGCAGCGCAGCCGGCGGCACGAGGCCCGCAACCUCGCCCUGGUGGAGGCGCGCAACCGCCCGCUCAUCGACCUCGUCAUCGGAGACGAGUCGGAGACGUCGGCGACCGAAGUCUCCGCGCCCCACAGCCCUACAGCCGACCGACGUCGGGUUAUGCUGCUCCGUCAGCCCAGACCUCGCGCCGCGGAGCGCAGCGCCCCGCCCGACCCGCCGCCGCGCACCGCACCGCGCGCCGCCCCGCCCGCCGCACCGCGCGCCGCCCCGCCCGCCGCACCGCCCGCCCCGCCGCGCGACCUGCCCGCGCCAUUGCUCAAUAUCGGUGCGGGGGAGAGCGCGUCGGCCGUGACGUCACCGCUGUCGCCACCCGCCCCCGCCCCCGCCCCCGCUCCCGCCCUCGCGCCCGCCCCCGCCCCCGCCCCCGCCCCCGCCCCCGCGCCCGCCUCCGCGCCCGCCACGCCCGCGCCGCGCCUCACCAGAGACUCGCAGGGGUCGCUGGUGCGGCACAUCACGAAGCACGACAUCCGACUGGUGUCCACGGAGCGGCGAGCUCUGCCGCCCAUCAACGGCGAGGCGGACGCCCCGCAGUCCCCGCCCGCGCCCGCCCCCGGCCCCGCCCACAUGCCCGUGGCCACGCCCCCCUCUUCCACCUCGCGCGCGCUCUUCACCUCCUCCAAGACGCGCAGCCUCAAGAAGAAGAACUCUAUGCUGGCCAAGAGGCGCGAGGUGAGCGCGCGCGCGGUGGCGGCGCGGGGCGGCGCGGCGGGCGGCGCGGCGGGCGGCGGCGUGUGGCAGCGCGUGAGGGCGCGCACCGCUCAGCAGCCCCGCUGGGCGCGUCGCCAUCUGCUGCUGGCGCACAACCUGCUCUACGCCUACCGCUCGCCCGACUGCUCGCGCGCAGACUGCAUGAUCUACCUGGAGGGGUUCACGGUGUGCGCGGCGGGCGAGGUGAAGUCGCGCGCGCACGCCUUCAAGGUGUACCACACGGGCACCGCCUUCUACUUCGCGUGCGACUCCCGCGACGCCAUGCUGGCCUGGAUACAGCUCAUCCACCGCGCCACGCUGCUGCCCUCGCUGCUGCCUCACCCCACCACCACCGCCGCCACCACCACCGGCACGGAAAUCUUUAAGCAGUUUUCUGAAACGGAUUAUUCGGAUACCGAUUCCGAUACCGAGAGCUCGGAGAGGCGGCACGACCUGAGGGAGAGAGAGAGAGACAGGGAACGGGAGCGGGAGCGGGAUAAAGACAAGUCCAAGUUCGGGUCCCUCAAGAAGUUGACGCACCGCGCGCAGCGCAGCGAAUCGCAGGAGAGCGUCGCGCUCGGCCCCGCCAGCCUCGACAGAAAGUAUCUGCGCUUCUUCUCCCGACACCGCGCCAAGGACGAGCACAAACCUCGCAAGACGAGCCCGGGGCGGGCGGCGAGUCCGGGGCGGGCGGCGAGUCCGGGGCGGGCGGCGAGCGCGGCCAAGAGACUGCCCAAACCCAUCGACUACAUCCACGCCUCCAACCCCAACCUGCUCGACUUCGAGAAGAGCGACUUCGUCACCAAGCCGGCGAUACAAGUGCCGCGGCGUCCGGCGCACAAACCCGACACUCUGGUGGGGCUCGUCACCCUCGAGCAGUUCAUGCUGCAGCGCCAGGCCGAGGAGCGACAGCAGCGCGCCCCCGCCCCCGCCCCCUGCGCGUGUCCGCAGGAGCUGCGGGCGCAGCUGGGCCGCGUCGUGCCCGACGUCAUCUACGGCGAGCUGCGCGACCCCAAGCGCGACCUCAGACAAGACCCCAACAAGCGCGCCGCACACGGGCACUACAAGUACAUGCAGUGCUUGUGGUGUGAUGACUUGUGCGGUGACGUGUGCGGUCUGCUGCAGGUGCGAGCGUGCGGCGGGCGGGGCUGCGGCUGCGGCUGCGGCUGCGGCUGCGGCUGCGGCGGACUGGCGCGACUCGCUGCGCAGGAACCACAAGGUAGCCACUGCUACUGCCGCUGCUCGAUUUGUACAAUAAAAUCGAUGCGUUGGUUACACGUGCUAACACAUUCUGUACAACAUUCCAGCAGCUGGGUGAGCGGCGGCGGCGAGGAGGCGGGCAGCGGGGCGGGCAGCGGGGCGGGCAGCGGGGCGGGCAGCGGGGCGGCAGGCGGGGCGGGGGACGCGGCGGGCGGCGCGGCGAGCGGGCCUGGCGUAUCUCGUCUCAGGUUGAUGUUCGGCGGCGCGCGUCAGGUAAAUGAUGACUAUGACGAGCGUGACACCUCGGCGCCGCACAAAGUAAUGUUAUAUACAGGGGAGGAGACGUGUGCGUUACAGGAGAGCGGACGCGGCACGUACCCGCACCUGCAGUGUCCGCCCACAUUCCAGCCCGAGAGCUACUCCCUGGCGCACGCCGCCGCGCGCCGCCCGCGCACGCACCGCCCCGCACACGCCCCGCACGACUGA